CAUCACGUCAUGCGCCCUCGGGCUAACGCGCUGGUGAUCAAGAUGCUGGGGUCGGGAAACCCUGUUCUAGCCUCCAUAGCGUCCCACGCUGUCAAAGCUAUCUACACCAAGCUGCUGCGCUUCCCAGCGGAUUGGCCCGUGGAUCCGUUCGUCGCCGCAGUCGUCCGCGCAAGAAGCACCGACUUUGACCUGGUGCGAGACCAAGUCGCCCUCCUGCACAGUCUCAACAUGCCAACACUGGUCGCUUGGUCGCAAACCGACGAGUACAUCCAAGAAGAAGUUCCGUUGGAGCUGGAGAGGCUGUGCUCUGGUGGUCCGCGCCUUGCAUUUGCGGGUGUAGGGCACAACGUCCAGAAAACGCGUCGACCCGAUUGGAGACGCUAUCAAUGCUUGGAUUGCGGAUGUGCUGGCUGA